ACCCUCCCCGGGCCGGUGCCCACACGCUUCCCGGAGCAGCCGCGCCCUGGGGGAAACCCCACCCUCUCCUGGGACCGGCCGUAAAUCCCGGCUCCCGGAGUUGCGCUGCGCAGUCCCAACUCCCUGCGUUAGGUAAUGGAGCCUGCGGACGUUGGAGCUUCAGGAUGGUUCAUGCUAAGAGCUGGACCCUGAAGAAGCACUUUGUAGGCCACCCUACUAAUAGUGACUUUGAAUUGAAGACAGUCGAACUCCCACCCUUAAAAAAUGGAGAGGUCCUGCUGGAAGCUUUGUUCUUCACUGUGGAUCCUUAUAUGAGGGUUGUGGAAAGUAAAAACGCAGCCUUCCCAAUAGGAACUACUGUAGUGGCUCCUUCCGGCUGGACAGCGCACUCCAUUUCUGAUGGGAAAAACCUGGAAAAGCUGCUUGCAGAGUGGCCGGACACGUUACCACUGUCUUUGGCUCUGGGAAUGGUUGGCAUGCCCAGCCUAAAAGCCUGCUCUGGCCGGCUUGACAUCUGUGGUGUGCAGGGUGGAGAAACAGUGCUGGUUAAUGUGGCCGCAGGAGCAGUGGGCUCCGUUGUGGGGCAGAUCGCUAAGCUCAAGGGCUGCAAAGUUGUUGGAGCAGCAGGGUCUGACAAAAGGGUUACCUGCCUUGAAAAGUAUGGAUUUGAUGUUGCCUUUAACUACAAAACAGUAAAGUCUUUGGAAGAAACUUUGCAAAAAGCCUCUCCUGAGGGUUAUGAUUGUGAUUUUGAUAAUGUGGGUGUAGAGUUUUCCAACGUUGUUAUCCCCCAGAUUAAGAAAUUUGGAAGAAUUGCUAUACGUGGACCCAUCUCUACAUAUGACAGAACCGGCCCCCUUCCCCCAGGUAAUGAGCCCACCCCGGAGGCCAUUAUCUUUAAGGAGCUUCACUUCGAAGGCUUCCCCGUCUACCGCUGGCAAGGAGAAGUCCGUCAGGCUCUGAAAGACUUGCUGACAGGGGUCUCAGAGGGUAAAAUCCAGUACCAUGAACACAUCACUGAAGGAUUUGAAAACAUGCCAGCUGCAUUUAUGGGAAUGCUGAAAGGAGAGAAUUUGGGGAAGCAAUAGUGAAAGCAUGAACAAAAAUGACACAUGGAAUCUAGAAAUCAUUUGGAUGAUUACUUAGUUUCUUUAUAAUCAUUUAGUAAAAGGUACGCUGUCUUCAUGAUCUAAAAAACAUUAAUUGUAAUGCAUUUGAUCUACCUAAUAAAAUACAUUUAAGUGGAAUAUAA